AUGGCUGAAGUUGAUCAGAACGCAGGCGAAUUUGAGGCACCGGAAAUAGUUGAGACCGAACAACAGAAUGAAACGGUGGUUGAUGUGCCGGUUGUUGAGCCUGAGCCUGAGCCCGAGCCUGAGAAGAAAUGGCCAGGGUGGCCUGGUGAGAGUGUCUUCAGAAUGUUGGUUCCUGCUCAGAAGGUUGGAGGUAUAAUUGGACGGAAAGGAGAGUUUAUUAAGAAAAUUGUUGAGGACACACGCGCUCGUGUUAAGAUUCUCGAUGGUCCUCCCGGUACUUCAGAAAGGGCUGUAAUGGUAUCAGCUAAAGAUGAGCCUGGUUCCGCUCUUCCUCCUGCUGUAGAUGGCUUAUUGAGGGCUCAUAAGCGGUUAAUUGAUGGGUCAGAAAGUGAUGCUGCCCAUGCUCCUUCAGGUGCGCCCGUGAAGAUUUCUACAAAACUACUAGUACCAGCCUCACAAGCUGGAAGCUUAAUUGGGAAGCAAGGAGGAACUGUAAAAUCUAUCCAAGAAGCAUCAAAUUGUAUAGUUAGAGUUCUUGGAGCAGAAGACCUGCCUGUUUUUGCUCUUCAAGAUGACAGAGUGGUUGAAGUAGUAGGGGAAUCCACUGGAGUGCACAAGGCAGUAGAGAUGAUUGCAUCCCACCUUAAGAAAUUUUUAGUUGAUCGCAGCAUAAUUCCAAUUUUUGAAAUGAAUAUGCAAAUGGCUAAUAAUACCCAUCACAUAGAACACAUGCCAGUGCCCCCACCCCACCAAUCAUGGGGUCCACCUCAAGGUUUCCAUCCAAAUACAGGGGGAGGUCCUGGUUUCGGAGCCACUCAAUUCAUGCCACCUCCGCGACAAGUUGAUAAUUACUAUCCACCAGCUGAAAUGCCGCUUCCAUUAGACAAACAGCCCCAUCAUGGUAUAUCCGCCUAUGGAAGAGAUGCUUCAGUGGGUGUUCACACAUCUUCCAAUACCCAGUCCGCACCUUCCAUGGUCACUCAGAUAACACAGCAAAUGCAAAUUCCUCUAUCAUAUGCUGAUGCUGUUAUUGGAACGGCUGGAACAAAUAUAAGCUAUAUCAGAAGAGCUAGCGGAGCCACUGUUACCAUACAAGAAACAAGAGGAGUUCCUGGGGAGAUGACAGUUGAAAUCAGUGGUACUGCUUCUCAAGUUCAAACAGCACAGCAAUUGAUACAGAAUUUUAUGGCUGAGGCCGCGGCUGCCGCUGCCGCACCAGCGCAGCAACAAACCGGUGGGCCUGCUGCAGAUCAAGGAUACAAUUCUUACCCUGCUCAUGGUUCUGUAUACGCGUCUCCUCCUUCCAAUCCAGGACAUGCUGGAGGCUAUGGCUCAGUUUAUGGUGCAAACUAUGGGUACUAA